AUGGGCGGGGGGGCAUACGGGAUGGCGAAUGGGAACGAGAGCAGCGAGGGGCCUGCGGGACCCAUGGCAGCAGUGGUGGCUACCACAGGAGGUAUGGUAGCAGAGAGUCCCUCCUCUGCUGUCUCUACCUAUAUCAAACUGGUGCUACUGGGGCUGAUCAUCUGCAUCAGUCUGGUAGGCAACCUUGUGGUGUCUCUGCUGGUACUGCGGGACCAGGCCCUGCACAAGGCACCUUAUUACUUCCUGUUGGAUCUUUGCCUGGCAGACACCAUUCGCUCAGCCAUCUGCUUCCCCUUUGUGCUGGUGUCUAUAAAGAACGGCUCAGCCUGGACCUACAGCGUGCUGAGCUGCAAGGUGGUGGCCUUCAUGGCAGUGCUCUUCUGCUUCCAUGCCGCCUUCAUGCUGUUUUGCAUCAGUGUUACACGCUACAUGGCCAUUGCACACCACCGCUUUUACUCGAAGCGCAUGACAUUCUGGACAUGCGUGGCUGUGGUGUGCAUGGUGUGGACGCUUUCUGUGGCGAUGGCGUUCCCGCCUGUUUUUGACGUGGGCACAUACAAAUUCAUUCGCGAGGAGGACCAGUGCAUUUUUGAGCAUCGCUACUUCAAGGCUAACGAUACGCUGGGUUUCAUGCUAAUGCUAGCUGUGCUCAUUCUGGCCACACAUGUCGUCUACAUGAAGUUAAUCCUCUUUGAGUACAAGCACCGCAAGAUGAAGCCAGUCCAGAUGGUGCCGGCCAUCAGUCAGAACUGGACUUUCCAUGGGCCAGGGGCUACUGGCCAAGCAGCAGCCAACUGGAUCGCGGGCUUCGGCAGGGGUCCGAUGCCACCCACUCUGCUGGGAAUCCGGCAGAACUUGCACAACCAGAACCGGCGCCUGUUGGGUAUGGAGGAGUUCAAAAUGGAGAAGCAGCUUGGCAGGAUGUUCUAUGUGAUCACCCUGCUGUUCCUGGUGCUCUGGUCUCCCUACAUAGUGGCUUGUUAUUGGAGGGUGUUUGUCAAGGCUUGCACAAUACCACACCGGUACCUCUCCACCACUGUGUGGAUGAGUUUCGCCCAAGCCGGUGUGAAUCCUAUUGUCUGUUUCUUCCUGAACAAAGACUUGAAGAAAGGGCUUCUUUCCCACCUACCAGCCUGCUGCAGGACUAAACCUCAUCUGCCACGAGAGCCUUAUUGUGUCAUGUAA